CGAUUUCGUCUGCAACUCUGAGAUAGUCAACUGAUUGAAGAGAGAAAAGGAUGGGGAAUGAUUCGCUUGUCUUGUUGGCGAGACUCUUAGGUUUAGUAAUCGCAGUUGUGGUUGUGUACUGGUUUCUUUUGCUCAAGUCUACCUUCGCCCCUCGUAAAGGCUUCACAUACACGACAAUCCAUGCUUUGCUGAUGGUGAUUGGCUUUAUUCUUGUAAGUGGAGAAGCGAUUUUGAUACACAGAUGGUUGCCUGGUUCAAAGAAAACGAAGAAAGCAGUUCAUCUAUUGCUACAAGGAGUGGCGUUACUCUCUGCACUCAUUGGAAUGUGGACAAAGUUCCAUUAUGAAUCAGGAAUCUUCUCUAAUUUCUACAGUCUCCAUUCUUGGAUGGGUUUGCUCUCCGUUUCUCUCUUUGCUGCCCAGUGGGUGACUGGGUUCUUGAGUUUCUGGCAUAGAGGACAAGUACGGGAAACGAGAACCACGUUGCUUCCAUGGCACGUCUUCCUCGGACUCUACAUCUACGGUCUGGCCAUUGCCACCGCCGAGACCGGGAUACUUGUGAAGCUGACACACCUUCAGACCAAGAGAAACCUCCCGAGACGCUGUGCUGAAGCAGUCGUCCUCAAUGGUGUAGGGCUCGGCUUGGUUCUACUAUGUGCCCUUGUUAUUGCUUCCGCUGUUUUGCCCAAGUCUGGUAAUGAGAAAAUCGUUUAUUCAUCUCAAGACCGUCCCAAAUGUUUGGCUUCUUGACUUCUCUUUUUUCUUUUUUUCUUUCUAAUUUUGAUGUUUUGAUUUUUUUGGGACAAACUACACUGUCUCUGGUAUACCAAAAUGAACAAAUUGGUUCUACUGACUAUUUACUUGAGUAAUUGCAACUA